AUGUCCGUUUCACAAGAUGAUACCCGUAUUAUUUACAAAUCUAAAGAUAGCCGAGAAGAAUUUUUCGUUUUUGGAAAUCCAGAUCAGGUUUUGAAAUGGAGAAAAGAUAAAACAAUUCCAAUUGCUGAUGUCGUUCAAACUUUCGAUGUCUUUGAAAUAGUGAAUGGAGGUAAUGAAGGUAUAGCAGGUCGUUCCUCAAAACAAAGACUUGAAAAUGCUUUUGGCACAUCCAACACUAUGGAAGUCAUAGAACAAAUUCUUCAGCAUGGAACUAUUCAUAAAUCUCAUAAAGGACAUGAAAAGUCACCUGAUAAAAAUCAUAGAACAAUGUUAAAUGAGACACGUGGUAAAGGUGUUUCGACAGCCAAUAAUUCUGCUGGGGUCCAUAAUUAG